CCUGUACGGCCUUACAGCCACAACCAUGACCACGGCUUGCUGUCUGUUGGCUGUUGUACCCGUUGUUCCUUCUCUGUGGAUGGCGCUAGUGGUGGCAGGUGGGGUAGGACUGGUCACCGGAAUCGCAGUGCAUGCAAUGAUGGUCUUGUCCGGAGAGAUGAGCAAAAGACAUGCGGCUUCCAUCCAUAUCAACAGCCUCGCUAUCUACAUCGGAGAAUUCACCGGACCGUUGAUCAUUUCUUUUUUUCUAAGUGACAAUGACUACCAUCUUGAACACAGCACCAUCAGUGCUCCUAUGCCUCGAAAUCAUAAUGAUACAUUUGUCUCACAGAACAGCAAAGACGAAGUAUGCAACCAUUUCAGAUCGAAUGUAGUGUAUGGAUUCUUUUUCAUCGCAAGUCUAGGAAUAAUCGUUUUUGCUGGUUAUCUAAUCUCAGUACAGCUGCUUCAUGAACGAAUUCGCAUAAACGACAGUCACGUAAAAAAAUACCAAACUAUCAAAGCUCACCCCUAUAACAAGUUUGAUGUCAUAGUGAUAAUUAUUAUGACGAUAUACACGACUGUCUGUGCCCCGAUGAUCUUUGUAUAUGGUCAGUUUUUACCAACUUUCGGAAUUUACUGCAGUUUAUAUAGCAGCACCAGACUGGUGACAAACAUAUCAUUAUCUUUUUACGCAUGCGCAAUAGUUGGUCAGUUGCUUGGUGUUUUUAGUAGCCAAGUUGUUACACAAACUGUUCUUAUCAAUAUCUGCACCGCUGGCGGCAUGCUCUUAUCUAGCAUGCUCAUUUAUGUAUCAGAAAUAAAUACAGCAUGUUUAUGGAUAGGGACAAGUGUUUUAGCAAUAGUAUGUGCUCCUGUGUUCUCGGCUGUUGAGACAUGGGCUCUUGGUGAAAAUGAGCACAGACAUAUCUUGUAUGGGAUAUCAUCGACAGCCGAUAUGGUGGGAUAUUCUGCCAUGUCUCUUCUGACUGGGCAACUGAUGGCCUGUGCAUUUGUCCAAAUGCUAAACUACAUUAUGACGGCUGUAUCACUGCUACAGCUUUUACUGAUCGUUUUAUUGUAUCUGACGGUUAAACGAGGUAAACAGGCAACCCCAGGGAGUGGAAGCUAAUCUUACUCUGUAGAGGAUAUGGAAUGACAGUGCUGGACAAUGGACAAAGGUCAUAUACAAUAACUGACAAGUGUGCAAGACAACGGCCGUAUACCAUGACUGUGCUAGACAAUGGCCAUAUUCAAGGACUGUGCUUGACACUGGAAAAAGAUCAUAUACAAUGACUGUGGUAGAAAAUAGACAAUGACCAAACAAAAUGACUGUGCCAGAAAAUGGACAAUGGCCAAAUACAAUGAUUCAGAGAAACAAUGGACAAUGUCAGUGUACAGGAACUGUGUUAACAUCUAAGAAAGAACAUUUAGAAAACAUGCUCUUUACCCUCAGAUAAAUUUACUGGCCAAUAA